AUGGCUCGUACGAAGCAAACUGCGAGGAAGUCAACCGGAGGAAAAGCCCCUCGAAAGCAACUGGCUACCAAGGCUGCGAGGAAGAGUGCACCGGCAACUGGUGGAGUCAAGAAACCACAUCGUUAUAGACCAGGAACUGUCGCUCUUAGGGAGAUCAGGCGCUAUCAGAAAUCAACUGAACUGCUCAUCCGCAAACUGCCUUUCCAGAGACUCGUCAGAGAAAUUGCACAAGAUUUCAAGACCGAUCUAAGAUUUCAGAGUUCAGCCGUGGCAGCGCUUCAAGAGGCAGCGGAGGCUUAUUUAGUGGGACUUUUUGAAGAUACGAACCUUUGUGCCAUCCAUGCAAAACGUGUCACCAUUAUGCCUAAGGAUAUUCAGUUGGCCAGGAGGAUUCGUGGCGAGCGAGCC